CGCCGCGCGAUGCUAAAUAUAACCCUCGGCGCGCCUCGGCCGCGACCUUGCGUAGCGCCAGCAGUCGGUGGCCAGUGGUGGCGGUGGCGUAGCACCCAGCCACAGGUGGCCGCUGCCGGGGAGGGGCAGCUUAGUGACCGGGAUCCGGAGUGGGACAACGCACGGCCAUUCGAUGAACUUCCGUCACCGUCGCUGUUUGGCUUCCUGAAGGAAUUCGGACCGUUCGGUAAAUACAAAGAUGGGACACUGUACGACAUCAACUGUCGUAUGCGCGAGCUGUACGGACCCAUCAUGCGGUUUCGGGGCGCAUUCGGUCGGGAGGACAUCGUGAUGUCCUUCGUCCCGGAGGAUUUUGAGAAAGUGUUCCGGACGGAGGGUGCUUGGCCCCGGCGUACCGGAAUGGAUGCGUUCGUGUACUACCGCAAGCAGCAGCGCCCGGAGUGGUUCAAGGGCUACGGAGGUCUGCUGGCGGAGCAGGGUGAAUCGUGGCAUAAUAUGCGCACAAUCGUCAAUCCCAUCAUGCUGCAGCCGAAGAUCAUCAAACUGUACAUCGACAAGGUGGACGAAGUGGCCCGCGAGUUCAUUGGCAUUGUGAGCGAGUUACGCGAUCAAAAGGACGAGCUGCCGGCCAACUUCAACGAGUGGAUUAACCGGUGGGCCCUCGAAACCAUGGGUGUGCUGGUGCUGGACGCACGGCUCGGUGUGCUGAACAGGGAUCAAUCGCCGGAAGUCAGCAAGCUGAUCACCCUCACGAAGGACGCAGUGGAUCUGUUCUUCCAGCUAGACAUUAUGCCCUCGAUGUGGAGGAAGAUCAAAACCCCGGGCUUUUAUCGGCUGAUGCGUACCCUCGAUCAGCUGUACUAUGUGAUUGCCUCCAAAAUCGACGAAGCCGUCGAGCGGAUGGAAAAGAAUCCGAGCGCCAGUUCCGACACGCUCAGCAUCUUGGAGAAACUCCUGAAGGUGGAUCGUAACGCGGCCUUCAUCAUGUCCUUGGACAGUCUGUUCGCCGGGGUAGACACGACUUCAUCCGGAUCGACCGGUGUCCUGUACUGCCUGGCGCACAAUCCCGAGAAGCAGGACAAACUGAGGGCCGAGUUGCGCCAAAUUCUGCCCGACAAAACGUCGCAUCUGACGCCGGAGAACAUGAAGAACAUGCCGUAUCUGAGGGCCUGCAUUAAGGAAGGGCUUCGACUGUACCCUCCGACGUCGGGCAAUGGUCGGUGCGCCGGCAAAGAUCUUGUCCUGCAGGGAUACCAAAUCCCGAAAGGGACGCUGGUAGGGAUGGGUCAGCUGGUCCUGCAGCGCCAGGAAGGACAGUUCACCCGCCCUAGUGAGUUUCUUCCCGAACGUUGGCUGACCGGUCCGACCGCAUCCGGGUGUCCGAGCGCAAAGGAGGCGCACCCGUUCGUGUACAUGCCGUUCGGGUUCGGGGCUAGGACCUGCAUCGGGCGUCGGCUGGCCAUGAUGGAGAUGGAGAUACUGGUGUCCCGCCUCAUCCGUCAGUACCACGUCCGGUGGAACUACGGUGAGCUGAAGUUCAAGGCCAGCAUAGUGAACGUGCCGGCGACGGACCUGAAGUUUGAGCUGAAGGAUAUUAUUAUGCCGGGUGGGGGCCACUCGGGGGGCCAGAUCCACUCGCGUGUUAAAAUGUUGUCUUCCCCCGGUACCGUUAUGUGGCGCCGUUCUGCGGCGUUGGCAUCGCUACGGUGGCGCAGUGUGCAGGCUCAGCCCGCUGCCGUGUCCUCCGAGGAAUCGCUGGCCGAUCACGAAUGGGCCUCGGCCAAGCCGUACGAAAGUCUGCCCGGUCCGAGUCUGUGGCAGAUAUUUCAAGGUUUCAAGAAAGGAGGUCGCUACUCGGAUCUGAGCAUAGUGGAUCUGCACAGCCGCAUGCGGGAUGAUUUCGGACCCAUCCUACGGAUGCCUGGCAUAUUGGGCCGCAACGACAUCGUGUUGUCCUUCAAUCCGGAUGACUACGAGAAGGUGUUCCGCACCGAGGGGCCUUGGCCCGUCCGGCGCGGCCUCGACUCGAUGGCGUACUAUCGGCAGAAGGUGCGCCCGGAAGUGUUUGGCGUGAUGGGCGGUUUGGUGACCGAGCAGGGCGAAAGCUGGCAAAAGAUGCGCACGAUCGUGAACCCGGUGAUGAUGCAGCCCAAAACGAUCAAGCUGUACAUCGAUCAGGUGGACGAGGUGGCGAGAGAGUUCUUGGAGAUUGUGACGAAGCUACGCGACGCAAAACAGGAGUUGCCUUCUGAUUUCGACCAGUGGCUGAACCGAUGGGCGCUGGAGACGAUGGGUGUGCUGGCGCUGGACACGCGGCUCGGUGUGCUGCAGACGGAGCAAACCGAAGAGGCAAAGAAGAUUCUGGCGUUGGUAAGGAACGUCUUCGAUUUAAGCUAUCUGGUGGACGUUCUGCCUUCGCUAUGGAAGUACUACAAAACACCGACCUUCAAGAAGCUAAUGAACACUUUCGAUGAAUUCACAGAUAUCAUCAUGGUCAAGGUGGAACAGGCAGUGAAACGAUUCGAGAAGCACCCGACGUCCGAAGCGAACCAGAGUGUCCUGGAGAAGCUGCUGAAGAUCGACAAGCACGUGGCCAUGAUUAUGGCUUUGGACAUGCUGAUGGCCGGGAUUGACACGACGUCCUCGGGCGCGAUGGGUAUCAUGUACUGUCUGGCGAAGAACCCCGAUAAGCAGGCGAAACUUCGCGAGGAACUUCGCACGGUGCUGCCGACCAAGGAUUCACCGCUGACGGCCGAAAAUAUGCGCAACUUGCCGUACUUGAGGGCGUGCAUCAAGGAGGGGUUGCGUUUGUAUCCACCGGUUGCCGGGAAUUUCCGUGCCACGGGACAGAAAAUUGUCCUGCAGGGCUACCGUAUCCCGAAGGAUACGGACGUAGCGAUGGGAACGUUGGUCUUGCAGCACGAUGAACGAUUCUUCACUCGGGCCAAGGACUACCUGCCGGAGCGGUGGCUCAGCGAACGGGAAGCGGGCAUCCCGAGCGGUAAGGAUACGAACCCGUUCAUCUUCCUGCCGUUCGGUUUCGGUUCGAGAAGCUGCAUCGGGAAGCGGCUGGCCAUGAUGGAGAUGGAGAUCAUCACCGCGCGGCUUAUUCGCAAGUACGAGGCCCGGUGGAACUACGAAGACUUUAAGAUCCGGGCCACGUUGGUGAAUAUCCCGGCAAACCCGCUGCGUUUCGAGCUGAAGGAAGUGGACGCGUAAAUCGAAACUCCCCUGCCGGCCUUAAUUUUAAUUUUACGUCAAGUGACUCUAUCUCAGAUAAAGAAAUAAACAUUUUACACAGCGA